ACAACAUAUACUCUCGAUGGUUGCUGGUGAAAAUGAACAGUUCGCUUGCGCGUGGAGCCACUGUCCUCGUUGACCCAUGUCGGAUUUGAAAUACACCUGCCACUCCCUUGAAGUCACAUUCUUCUACCCAAAACAGUGUGCAGGAAACGAAACACCUUCUGAAUUCCUGAUCUGAACUGCCUUGUGUCUGACGAUACUGACUGGUUGUACGCUUCCUGCCAACAAUGAUUAUAGCACAGUCGUAGUACUUUACUGUACUCGCACGAGACGCUAAGUUGCAUAAGCUGCAGAUGAAUAAUCAUGUAUUUGACUUCUCUACUUCUGGACUUCAGUUGUUUGAUUGGUUGUAUGUUGACGAGACUGGGUUUUUGAUGAUCGACGAGAACCCCAGUGAACGAACGGGUUCCAGAUUGUCUGUGGAGAAUCCCCUGAAAACGCAGGUAAUUGACGAGCUAUCAGUAAGUGAGACUUUGGAGCAGAAGGGAGUUCAUCGGCCUCGGAUCAGGUGGAGUGGUGUUGUACCGAUCCAACUUCUGCUCAAGAAUCGUGAGUGUUGUUCGGACGGAGGUGUAUGUGAGUGUAUUGCCCAUAGAAACGAAUGCUGCACUCGGAGGUUCUCUCAAACCUAAACAUGUGAUACAUUGAUUUGGCCACCCAUCUGCAAAUAAAGCUCACCUCUUUGAACUG